AUGACAAAAGAGAAGGAAGGAACCAAAGAAGAACGUCGUGUCAAACGCGCUCAAGAAAAACGCGAGGCAACUGGAAGCUCGUCAAGAUCCUUGCAGACCAGCGGACAUUCGCAUGCAUCGUCUUGUGAUGAUGGUGUCCGUCGGAGCACUCGAUCAAGAACCAAGAGCUCGUCGUCAAGAUCCUUGCAGACCAGCGGACACUCACAUGCAUCGUCUGGUGAUGGUGUCCGUUGGGGCACUCGAUCAAGAGCUAAGAGCUCGUCGUCGAGAUCCUUGCAGACCAGCGGACACUCACAUGCACCGUCUGGUGAUGGUCUCCGUCGGGGCAUUCAAUCAAGUGGGGACCUUCGCGCUAGGGACAGAGCUCGGCGAUCUGGUCUUUCCUCCUCUCGUCACGGUUCUCAUCGGACCAAUCGAUCAGAGGAGGAUCGUCUUGCCAAGGGUCGAUCUCGAAGAGCUGGGAAUAACCCUGCCAAACCAGGUGCCCAUGCUGCGACCACCGCAGAUGAAAGCAGCCAAGCUAGACAGAAAAGUCGAACUGAUCGAUCUCCCAGGAUCAAUCGAUCAGACGAGAAUUGUCGAACUGCUCUUUCCUCCUCUCGUCACGGUUCUCGCCGGACCAAUCGAUCAGAGGAGGAUCGUCUUGCCAAGGACCGAGCUAGGUCUAAGUCUGCCAAACCAGGUGCCCACACUGCGUCCAAAGCAGACGAAAGCGAUCGGGCUAGACGAAAGAACCGACCCAAUCGAGAGGAUCGGAAUCGCAAGAAAGAUCGUGACGCCAAGAUUCGAGCCAAGAAUGGUGGUGGUGUACCUCCCAAAGAGCGAGACGUUGUGGUGGAUCCAGUCGAGCAGCCAGCUGAUGAUACUGGUGCUGUUGCGUUGAAGGCAAUGGCUGUGGAAGAUGUCGAGAACGAGCAGCUCAAAGAACAACAGGCUCAGAUUGAAGCGCUCAAGCAUCAAAUGCAAAAUAUGGCACAACAAAAUCAUGACACGGAAGACGACACUGAUGCCGAUGGUACGAAUGAAGCUCAUGGGCAGCAUCCCAAGAAUCGUCGGAAAUGCAUUGCUGGCAUCUUCUUCCUCCUUCUUGCAAUCGGUGGAGGAGUUGCUGGAUAUAUUCUGGGGACCUCCAAGAAGUCUCCCACCGAAGCUCUACUAGUGCCAACGACCCCUCCAACUACGGCAGGUGGCAAUACUACUGCUAUACAACUACCCAGUACUUCGCCUUCCAACAAUCCCACCGAGUUGCAAAUCUACACUCCACCAAGUAAAGAGGAUUGCGGGGCCAUUGCAUCUGGCUUGACGUUGUCGGACCAAGACAGCUUCACUUCCAGAGAGUUUGUCAUUGAGUUUAAUGCAACCUUGAACUCUCAAAUGGCAGAGGAAUAUUGGAUAAGGCCUCUCAAGGAACAGCUUCAGUCAGUUUUCCUUCCUAUCAUGGCCGGUUGUUCGACUCGUCGUUGGCUUCGCGAGACCAAGAGCAAGCAACACAGGCAACUGCAAUUGUUGCCAAACUUUUCAAUUGCAAACGGAAAAAUUGGAGAAGUCAUUGUAACAAAAGUUGGCUGCGAGGACGAGCCUACUGCUGCGCUCUGUCAUCGCGUGAGCGUCUUGGUGGAUCUUUCACUUCGCGACGAAGAUACGAAGCUCACCUUCGUUGAAGCCUAUUUGGUAACCACUCUUCGUGCUUUGCCUGUCAACGUUUUGGGCCUGGGAACUCUUUUGUCCAAUCUUGUGGUCAUUCGAGCUGCUCCCACCUCACCAACAGAUGAACCAAGCAUCAGCCCGAGUUCUGGUCCAACAACCGUUAAGCCUAUCGUUGAGCCUACUGAUGCACCAUCAUCCAAACCAUCAUUUGCCCCAGCUGUUGGUCCUACUACUCUUGAGCCGACAAGAUCCCCGACCGAAGCACCAACAAAGGCUCCUGUCGCGGCCCCAAUUUUGGCAACCGACAACCCAACCACAAGCCCAACCAGGGCACCAGUCAUUGCCCCUACGUUGGCUCCAGUGGUCGGCCCAACGCCACCACCAACACUAGUACCCACAAAGGGUCCAUCAGCAGCGCCAUCGGCGGCUCCGUCAAUGGUUCCAACAAAGCGUCCAACGGCAAACCCAACUUCCGGCCCGACCAGUAGUCCAACGGCAAGCCCAACUUCCGAACCAACAAGUAGUCCAUCAAAGGCUCCCACAGAGGCUCCAACUCAAAGCCCAACUUCCGGCCCCACCAGUAGUCCAACUUCGUUUGAUGUGCGCCCGAUAUUGAUGGAUCUAUACGGCGGUUUGAAUGCACAAUUCGCAUCCUCUUCAAAUGGAUGGGAAUCGACCGGGGAUAAAUGUGUUUGGAGUGGUAUUGCUUGUGAUUCGGCUGAAAAUGUGGUAUCAAUAUAUCUUGAUAAUAAAGGUUUGGAUGGUACCAUCUCCUCCAGGAUUGGAGAAUUGUCCACACUCACAAACUUGGCUCUAUCCACAAAUGCACUCGUUGGGACUGUACCAACAGAGAUUGGGCUUUGUACUAAGCUCAGAACGUUGACCACGAGAGAAAACCCAAGUCUUGGAGGCUCCAUACCAACGGAGAUCGGUCUCUUAACGGAGCUAGAAUCGGUAGAUUUCUUCAAUGAUAAUUUGAUUGGGAGCAUUCCAACCGAGAUUGCUGGGCUGGAGACACUUGGAACGUUGAAUCUAGCCAUCAAUGCUUUAAGCGGCACCGUACCAUCAGAGAUUGGUCUAUUGACGGGACUCAAAUAUUUGGAUAUUGCCGUACCGUAUGGCACAAACCCUGCUCUAAGUGGCCCACUGCCAACAGAGUUUUAUGGGUUGACAGGACUGCAGUUUUUAAGUUUUUACGGCAAUAGUUUGAGUGGAAGUUUGGCAACAGAGGUUGGUCGUUUGACGGAUCUCGCGUACUUCAACCUUGGUCAUACUGAUGUUGGCUCCACAAUUCCAUCCGAGAUUGGUAACUUGGCAGCACUAGAAGUGAUUAACUUUGAAAGAAACAAUUUCAUGGGGUCGCUUCCCUCAGAGAUCGGAAAUUUAUCAGCGCUCAAACUGCUGUGGUUGUAUGAUAUGGACGGUCCUCUCACUGGGAAAAUUCCUUCUGCGAUUAUAAACUUGACAGCAUUGACAGACUUGAGGCUGCAAACUAAUCAACUGAACGGGAAUAUUCCUCAGUUGAAAGCUAGUGGAACUUUCGAAACCUGUUAUUUGGGCAACAACGCUUUCGGAGACACAGCAUUUGGUGUUCAAGCUGGUUGCACUUUUUAG